GGUUGUUGAUUGGAACGUUAAUUGGCCGAGUAAUGCGGCGUUCUUUACCGUAAGGUGGGCGGGGACCGUGCAUGUUAUACCGCGUGUCACUGGCUGCAAACAUUCACUCUCUGCUUGUGAUCGAUCGCAGUCUGCAUGCAGUUAGACCCCUGAGCCUUGGAGAAGACGCCACACUCUGAGAGCCACACACGCUAGAGUAGACAGCUGAGCGGCCAUGGAUGUGACCCACACUCCAGUCCAGUAUUCCCUGGAUACUGCCCACACCAUUGAGGUCACGCGAGAAGAAGACGCAAACGGAGAGUUUGGCAGCUUUGGAUUCACCCUCCUCUUCGAGAAGCCACCCAUAGUGGGAACUAUAGUACCAGGCGGGCCAGCCCAGAGAGCGGGGCUCAAGAAAGACGACAUAGUCCUCACGGUGAACGGAACAGACGUCACACACUUCCCUCACCAGAACGUCGUCUCCCUCAUCUCACAGACAUCCACAGCAGCUGUCUGGCUCAAGGUCUGCGACUCCGACAACAAGCCGCCGACCGGUCUACCCCAACAUCUCGGAGCCUUUGGCAGCAUGAGCAGCAGCACCCCAAACUUCCCCCGGAGUACCCCGACUGGCGGCUCCCACCGGAGGCCUGCCGCCGGGGUACGGGGAGUGGGCGGAGCCACAUGGGAACCUCCUCCGAAGUACUCUGAGGUACCCCAGAAUCGACCCCGCCCGGGGAGUGCAGGACUCCAGCUGGGUCCAAGAGUCGUUGUGGGAGGACCAGGAGGUGUGGCCAACAUGUCUCCUCUGAAUCGACAAGUCCUCAUGCCGUCAACUACGAAGCUCGGACUCUCUUCGUCCCCCCACCUGGGGGGCAGCGGACCCCUCCCACAAAAUGGCUACGCAGGCCCCCGCCAGCCCCCCUCUUCCUCUGACAACUACUACACCAGUGCCUCUGUCAUGGUCCUCUACAUUGGUCCAGUGGAGAUCCCAGAAUCCUGGGGUGUUCGGGGAAUCAGCUCCAAGUGUAUCCAGGAGUGCACGCGACGCCUGCUGAGCCAACGUCAGGAGUUCAUCGAGGCGUUCCUUGAAGUCAGUGUCACCAGCAUGAAGGUCCUCAACGUCAGUCGAAACGUCCUCUACCAACACAAGAGAGAGGAGCUGUUUUAUUGCGGGACCUGCACAGACGACGAGCAGUACUUUGCCAUCGUCACGCGGAGGCUGGACCCAAAGUUGGUGGAUCCCGAGGUCGGACAGACUCUGCACACGGGAGAGAGGCCGGCCAAAGGUCACAUGUGCCACGUGUUUCAGGUCAUCCGUAACAAGAGCAUCCUCGUUCUGCAUGCCGGGGAACGCACGGGAAACGGAGGAGGGGACGCCCCCAAUGUCAAGCCCAAAACGGUGCAGAUACUCUCAUGUCUGACAAUCAUAAAGGCAAUCGAGGCCCUCUUCAUCGGAGAUGUCACGGGCGGAGCCGUCUCCUCUGCCCAGAUAAUUGGGGGAGACCCUGGAAUUAACUCAUCGUCGAGUACCUCGUUUCGUAGCCUUGGGAGCUCUGAGAGUGCCGGUAGUCUUGAGUCAUUCCAAAUCUACGGUGGGGCCGAUAAAAACAGGAGGAGAAAAGAUGUGGUUGACUUGCGUCCAUCAGCGUUCGCUCACAUCCACAGCUCCUCCCCCCUCACCUACGGCAGUGGCAGCGGGAGAGGUGGCCCCGCCUAUUUACCCCAAGACCCCGCCCACCGGAGUAGAGACUACCUUCACCCCAUGGACACCCCGGCGUUCAGUGCCAUGGUCUCCACCUCUCGGUCCUGGUACAAAGUGGACUCCCCACGAGAGGGAGGCGGCCAUUCACGCCAGGGCAGCUAUGAGAUUGCAAACAGACCAGACAGCAGCACCUGCUACUACGACUCAAACUACGACCCCCCACCUCCCCCUCAGCAGCGAGACAGACACCCCGACUCCAGGAGGUCGGGGCCAGCGUUCGACAAGGUGAAGAAGAUCUCGGAUGAGAGCAGCAUCUCCAGCCACUCUUCGGGGGGAGGGGCCGUCAGCCCAAACAAGGCUGCCCCGCUGAACCGAGCGUCAGAGUCUCCCAGUCCGCCAAAGAGCAUGAGUCAAUCGUCAGGGAGUCGCUCCCCAAGCCCUGCUCGUACCAAACAUCCCCACCACACUCACCGUUCUCACCGCCCUCACCACUCCCACCAGAGGAGGGAGUACCAUCGCGGAGUCACGGAUUCGCUGAGUCGUCGGAGGAUGAUGCUGGCCCACCACACUCCCUCCAAGCUGUCUGCGGGAAUGGCUCUGGAGCUGGGAUCUCUGAGGAGUGGUGCUCUGAGUCCCACUAGCUCCACCGUGGGCUCCACUGUCAGUGGUCGCUACAGAUCCACUCUCAGGAGACAGGGAUCAGAGAGCUCAGUCAUGGACCUGAAUCAAGCAGUAGACAGUGUGAGGUCAGGGGGCCCGGGUCUCCCAGCCAAGAACGGUCUCCUCACCUCCAGUCAAGGGAGCAUCAUGACAGUCACCACAGUGGCAGACGAGGAGAGUCAGGAGCCUCAGGAGCUUGGCCGAGUCGGAGGAUGGAUCGCCUCCUUUGACAAACUGCUGGAGGAUCCUCUAGGAGUGACCUGUCUCCAGCAAUUCCUGGAGAAGGAACACUGCGAGGAGAACAUCUUAUUCUGGAAGGAUGCCAGGCAGUACUCGGAGAAGGCUCUCCAGAUGUCGACCGUACAGCUGCAGAUGGCUGCCAAGAAGAUCUAUGACCAGUACCUCUCUCCCUCCUCCCCACACACCGUCAACGUCGACGACAAAGCCAUGAAGGCCGUGGAGUCAAAGCUGGACAAACCCACUCCUAAUGUCUUUGCCGAGGCCAAGGAACAG